CUAAUUGUUUUCAUCAAUUCCGCAACUCGAUGAAAUUUCCAGAAACAGAGACCAUAAUAUCCAUACAACCUUCCAAACAAGACUAUAAGGUAGGAAAUUAUAUCAUAUCAUACAAUCCCCAAAUAUUUGCUUUCAUCCGAUUCUCCCCUCUCUCUAGGCAGUAUCCUCAAUAACGCACCGCAUUUAUCAAUUCCACAUUCCACAUUCCACAACUCACCAUGAAUUUAUUCCGCGAACAUCGCAUUAUAGCUUUCUUUCCAGCAAGGAGUGGGAAAAGUUCCAAUAUGUUUUAUGCGAUAAGUUUCUUUUCUGCUUUGAUUGAUAUCUUUCCUUUCUCUGUGAUCGGUAUCUUUUACUUUGAUACGCGUAUUGAUUAUGACCUUCAUGUUACUUUAAAUCGGAAAACAUGGUGACUAGAUAUCAUAGUUUCGUGAUUGUGUUCUUAUUGUUUGUUUGGGUGCUGUUUUAUACGCACUCGAUAUCUGGGGAUGUGAGGCUAGAUGGUGCGAAAGGUGAUGGGAAUGGGAAUGGAAAUGGGAAAGAGAGAGAAAAUUUGAUAUCUUCGCCAUCGAAGCUCGGGAGUGAGGAUAAGAACGAUGAUGAGAAGGCAAGUGGAGUUAGACAUGUCGGAGUUGGAAGCGCUGCAGUAAGGGGUAAGGAGCGGAAGGGCUCUAGAUUGGGAAAAUUAGUGGAAAUGGGAAUGGGGAGGGGAUUAAGUGUACCUGGUGAUGCUAGCCCGCAUGAGCAGAAAGUGUUGAAGGAGAAGGAGGAGAAAGAAAAAUUGAGGAAGGAGAAAGAAAAAGAGGAGAAAAAGGCACAAGAAGAGAAGGAGGAGCAGGAUAGAAUAGCCAAACAGGAGGAGGAAGAAGGAAAAGAAAACGAAGAAGACGUAGAGGAAGAAGUGGAUGAGGAGGAAGGAAUUGAAAAUGAAGAAACCGAGGAGCAAAACGAAACUGAGGAUGCAGCGAAUGAGAAGGUGGUGGACGAACACAAACCCCUCACCCUACGAUCUCUCUGCGAAACCACCGCGUUUCAACCGGGCCUCUAUCUACACUGUCAUUCCUGGUGCGGCCCCGAAUCAACCUCCAUCUGCGGCGGCCUAAACAACGCACGCAACCGCGUACAAACCUGUCUCCGACUAGCCCUAGAUCUCGGCUCCAACAUAAUCCUCCCCACCGUAUCUACCGGACGGCACCGCGAGAAUCCCUCUCUAUUUAGCAGCGACAGCGUAUGUCCAGAUGUAUAUUUCGAUAUCUCAUAUCUGACUCAGGAAAUGGGUUCUGUGUGCCCUAAAUUAGAAAUGCGUCGAUGUGGGGAUACAUCCGGGAUAGCCGAGGAGCGAAUAAUACAAAUGGGACAGCGACAAUACAUGGAAGGGAACUAUCACAUUCGGACAUUCAAAUCCACUGUUGAUGAGCACUUAGAAUCUCUUUCGCUUUCUGAAAUUUCAUCCGAGAAUCCAGUGGCAGUAGGUUUUGGUGAUACCAUGUUUGCAUAUAACUACACGUACGCCUCUGAGCAAGCACUACAACAAGAGCUCUUCCGGACCAUCAAAUACAAUCCAGAGCUUCUGCACCUCGGGUCGCAAAUUCGAGAUACGCCUCAAUUGCGCGAUGGAUAUAUUGCUGUGCAUCUCCGGGGUGAAGCAGACUGGCCUCCACAUUUCGGUUCUCGCGACCAGCAGAUGGAUUUCUACACGGAGGAAAUCGAACAUGCAUCUGCUGCCGAUGGCAUCGCACAAGGUAUCAAGAACAUAUAUGUGAGUUGUGGAGAUAGUGAUGCGAUUUCUCUAUUCCGUGAGCGACUCUCCCCACUUGGGUUUCAAGUCUAUGAUAAAUGGGAAUUGGUAUCUGCGCUCCCGGAUCUUCUUAAAAAAUUGGUCGAUAUGGAAUUUGACGCCGCGGCUAUUGUUGAAUAUCCGGUCUUGGUGGAAGCAGGGUUGUUUCUAGGGGUGUGGAUGUCGACGUUUUCGCAGACUAUUGCUUAUGCACGGGCAGCCGAGGAUGAGGAUGAUUUCUGGGAAACGUAUAUUACACCGGGAAGUAGCCGUAAUGAUAUAGGAGGAAGGGAUUGGGAUAAUGUACCUGCUUUGAAAGGGGAUGAAAAGACUAAGUUGUUGGUGGUCAAUACAGGUGAUAUUAGUGAUAUGGAUGCUUAUCCUUAAUGGCUGAUAGUCAAGCCCUCGGUUUUAGAGUUGAGGAAUUAUAAUU